AUGGACGGUGCCAACACGAAUGCACAUGUAGGACUUACAAGCCCAGGUUGGAUUGGAGCGGAUGUUUUCCAUCUCAAUCUCCAUAAGGCAUUUUGCAUUCCUCACGGAGGAGGUGGCCCUGGCAUGGGUCCUAUUGGUGUAAAGAAACACUUGGCACCAUUUUUGCCCUCACACCCCGUGGUGCCAACCGGUGGAAUUCUUGCACCUGAAAAUCCUCAACCACUUGGUAGUAUCUCCGCUGCACCUUGGGGAUCAGCACUUAUAUUGCCAAUCUCUUACACAUACAUAGCCAUGAUGGGUUCUCAAGGACUUACUGACGCAUCAAAGAUAACCAUUUUGAAGGCAAACUACAUGGCGAAACGAUUGGAGAGUUAUUACCCAAUUCUUUUCCGCGGAGUCAAUGGAACAGUUGCUCAUGAAUUCAUUAUUGACUUAAAAGGAUUUAAGAAUACUGCUGGAAUAGAGCCCGAAGAUGUUGCGAAACGUCUCAUGGACUAUGAAUUUCAUGGACCAACAAUGUCAUGGCCUGUGGCUGGUACACUCAUGAUUGAGCCUAUUGAAAGUGAAAAUUUGGGUUGCUUUUAG